UAACGGAUGACACAUGGCGGGGUGACAAGCACCAUCCCACACACUUCUCCUCGCUUACCCGCCCCUCUCGCCCACAUCACCCCUCCUUCCACCCCACUACCCCAAACGAUGACUCUUCAGAUGUUUCUCAUUCCUAAAAGUUAUCAAUUUGAUAAACAAAUAAUUACCCACCUUCUCCAUCAAUCCAAAGAGUCACAAAGCUCCGGCCUGAUGGUCUAGUGGUAUGAUUCCUGCUUUGGGAAGAUUCAGAUCCGUCUGUUUUCAAGCCUAUUCUGCAGGAGGCCCCGGGU